ACUUGUUGGGAUUCACUGUUACUAAGUAAUUAAAUUAAGAUAUACUCAACAGCAGUUGUUUUACAACGCAGUGUAGAGGGUGGAUGUGUUUAAAAAUGAAUCUCCACUUUGUGUUCUUCCAAGUUGUAUUUGCACAGUUGAUAACGGACAUAAAUGCUAGACAAUUCAGAGUUACCGAUCAAGUAUUCUUUGAUGUACAAAGUGAAGAGAAGCCAAUAGGUAGAUUAGUUAUUGGUUUGUUUGGGGACUUGGCACCAAAAGCGGUGAAAAACUUUAAAGUACUUGCUACAAAAGGCAUUAACGGAAAAUCAUACAAGGGCACGAGUUUUAAUCGCAUUAUUAAACGUUUUAUGAUUCAAGGAGGUGAUGUUGUUUCCGAUGAUGGAAACGGAUCAAUUAGCAUUUAUGGUGAAGUUUUUGAUGAUGAGAAUUUGGAUACCCAGCAUAAAAUAGCUGGAUUUGUUUCCAUGGCUAAUAAAGGUAAAAAUACGAAUGGAUGCCAGUUCAUCAUAACAACUAAAGGCACACCAUGGCUGGAUGGUUUGCAUACAGUUAUUGGAAAAGUCGUUGAUGGUCAAGAUUUAGUGCAUGUGAUAGAGCACACGCCCACAGAUAUAGAUGAUCGUCCAACGAUGCGUGUAUAUAUAGCGGACUGUGGCCUACUGCCUACGCAACCGUUUUAUAUAUCAGAUGAUCCAUAUGACUUAUGGGCUUGGAUAAAGGCUACUGCUGUUCCGCUUACGAUGUCCUUCUCUAUACUUGGCUUCUUCCAUUGGAUAAUAUCAAAAUUAGACUUUUAAUUUAAAUAAAAUAUAAAAGAGUUAUUUUACAAGUUUUUCCUAAAACCUUCAAGUACCUAGUUAUGGUUACAGGCAAUAUUCUGAAAGUAAAAAUGUACACAUUUUAAAUAUAUUUCAAUAAAACAAUAGGUAGCUUGUGA